AAAAGGCGUUGAUGGACGAGAAGCUCGCGCAUGGAAUUAUUGGGGAGCUGCGGGCGAUGGAGGUGGCCGAGGGUAGUGCCUCACGAAGCAGAGUACUGGAGAUCGAUGCAGACAAGGAGGUAGCUCCUGGGUCUCCAGAGUCUCUUAGCCCAGCGCAGGUGGCUCUUCAAGCAGCAGCUGCGGCUCCCGACGACGUCGCGAUCAAGCCCGGCUUCGGGUUGCGAUUGCGACGUCGGCUUACUUCAACCGCAUCUGCCCCCACGGCCCCUCUCUCGACAAAGCCAUCUCCUUCUUCUGCCGCCCCCACGCCGACGCGCUCUCGACCCGCACCACGACGAGCAGUAUGUCUAGACUGCGACGAAGCAGAAGCAGAGCGACGCCACGAAGCGGCCGUCAACCCGCAAGUAUCGAAAGCUGCUGCAGGCCACUCGGCCAAGAGCUCCACCCCUCAGACGGAUCUCCUACUCGGCCUAGGCAACCGUAUGAAAGCUCUCGGCUUCAGCUCGGGUGCUCUGGCGAGCUCUGCCUCCUUCAGCACCUCGAGCACAGCAGACCAAGUAGCCAAGCGUGACCUCUCAGCCCUUUCCAGCCUACAGAGCUCCUCAAGCGGCCCUGGCGGCCUCAUAGGCGUUACAGCUCUGAACCUGCUCACCUCUCCGCCGACCGGCCUGCCCGGCGCAGCGAUGUCCGCAGGCCUAGACGCAAGCGGAGCCCUUCCUGCGCUCAGCUCUCUCUCGCACUAUGCAGUCCGCGCAAGCGGAAGUGAUCUUGCUCUCCACCCACCACUGGACAGGAUGGCCCUCUUCGUCCACUGGUGGGGAUACGAGCUCACGCUCCCUGCCCCCACUAUGUCCUACCUAGGGACGGCCCGCUCCGUCUCCGGGGCGUUCUUGAACUUCUUGUCAACUAUGGUGGUGACGGGAGGCGUGCCUGAGAUGCUCCCAUUCAUACGGUACAUCAGCAUGGCGAUCGAUGUGGAGUUCAAGGCCAUUCAGCAGGCGGAUAGGGGAAAGGGAGUGGUGCUUGCGGCUACGUGGGUCAUACCGCUUGCCCUUGUGCCAAGAGCGUGGGAUUUUGAGAUGGGCGGUACAGCACCGCAGCCGCCAGCCACUACACCAGGGCAGGAUCGCGGUAGUGAGACAUUACCUCCGGCUGGUGCUCAGAAGACGACGCCCGUGACGCGACCUCGAAAGUCGUCGUUGAUGAAGGGGUGAGCGAGUGCUUUCCCCACAGCUUCCCUUUGCGUUCUGCACCUCUUUUUUCGACCCCUUGCGCAAUGUGAUACCCUUGACUGUAUGCUCUUCCCCAUUCCCCACAAUGCGCUCGAUGACGCUCUCGUGCUUCAUGCUAGCGCGCUACUUUGGGUAGCAUCAAGCUCGAUCUGAUGAUGUGGAGUCUUCGCAAGGGUGCGGCACUGCUGUCGCUUGUGCAUCGAUUUCGCCAACCAAGGCACGGGACGCGGAGCGGCUAGCGGCGACGGCGGCGGAGCGGGGAGUAAUGUGCGGCCAAAGUGGAUGAACGGCAGGUGG